AUGGCUGUCGUGUUUUCCAUUACUGAUUCCGUUAUCCAGGAUCGUUUUCAGUUGAACAAAUUUUUAUCUUACCGUUGUUUCUCGUUGAUCAUUUCGUAAAGAAAUUAAUUAUUUAUACAAUACCUUUUGUUUACAUGAAGAUACGACACUAUCGCCAUGACGACCGCGUUAUAUUUGGAGCAUUAUCUCGACAGUGAGUAUUGGAGUUGCCUCGAGCAUUUACCAAUCGAAUUACAGAGGAAUUUUACACUAAUGCGUGACUUAGAUGCUAGAGCUCAGGGUCUUAUGAAAGAUAUUGAUAAACUGGCAGAUGAUUAUUUGAGGACUACGAAGAAGGAAACACCAGAAAAGAAAAAAGAACAACUUGCUCAUAUACAAAGUCUCUUUAACAAGGCUAAAGAAUACGGAGAUGACAAGGUCCAACUAGCUAUUCAAACUUAUGAAUUAGUUGAUAAGCACAUCAGACGACUAGAUUCAGAUUUGGCAAGAUUUGAGGCCGAGAUACAGGACAAAACAUUGAAUAGCAAUAGAGCGCAGGAGGAGAGCAACGCUAGUAAAAAAGGUAGGAAGAAGCUCAAGGAGAAGGAAAAGAGAAAGAAGGGUACCGUAGUUAGCAGUGAGGAUGAGGCCAAGAAUGCGAGAAAGAAACAGAAGAAGGGUGGUUCUGUAGCUUCUGCAUCGUCCACCGGCGCUGUGGGAAGCAGCGCCCAGGUAGAUGCAACAGCACUCGGUCAUCCAGCCGAUGUUCUUGACAUGCCUGUCGAUCCUAACGAACCAACUUACUGUCUUUGUCAUCAAGUAUCAUAUGGAGAAAUGAUUGGUUGUGAUAAUCCAGAUUGCCCUAUAGAAUGGUUCCAUUUUGCCUGUGUGGGUUUAACAACAAAACCUAAAGGAAAAUGGUAUUGUCCCAAAUGUACACAAGACCGUAAAAAGAAAUAAACCGCAGAAAUAAAUCUAUUGAUUAUUUGAAGAAGAGAUUAGUGCAAAAUUGUUUCAUAUUGAAAGUAAAUCAACUUUUUUAUAUAAAAAAAUGAUAGAAAUUUUAUAAGAUGCACGCGCGCAUGUGUACAUGCGAGAGAGAGAGAGAGAGAGAGAGAGAGAGAGAGAGAGAGAGAGAGAGGAGAGAGAGAGAAAGACAAAGUAGAACUGCAUUUCCAUUUGCAUCUAAUACUAAUAAUAAAGUAAUUUUUUUAAUUUUUGUGUGACGCGUGUAAUAAUAAAUGUAAUAACGUGUAAUAAUAUGUAGUACACAACACAUAUCCACUUAUUAUUAUAAUA